GUGGUCGAGCACUGGCAUGGCCUCCCUCCGGUUACAUAAAAGAAGAAGCGUUGGGCAUUGAUCUCCUCCCAAGAACCAACUCAUACCCUCCCCUUUCUCUUGAAUUUGCAGCAUAAUGAAUCUCUUCAUCGCUCUUUUGAUCGCCAUUGCUGCAGCCUUGGCUGUCUCGUCAGCCCCAAUCCCGGGCACCACCCACUCUAUCCCAGUCUCCAAGGACACAAGCCUCUGCCUGGACACGAAUUGCUAUAGUGCUGUAUAUGGCACAUCAGCAACAAUCCAUUCUGCAAACGAUGCCAACGAUGUGGCUCAAGUUCUCCUUGGCUUUGCGCUUCCUUCGACAGUAGCAAACAAUGCAGACAGUAUUGAUAAAUGCACUCUGACAAUGCCGGCUUUCAACACACCGCGCCACGACCCAGUCAAGAUCUGGGCUAUCCGCAGUGAAGGCGCUUGGGACGAAGACACUGCCGCAGGAUCUCUCCAACCCCAGAAAGUCGGCUCUGAGAUGUUCGCCACAGUCGAUUCAAAUGAGGAAUUCUCGCUUGACAUCACAUACAUGUGCAAGGAUGCAGCCAAAGACGGCACGGAUCUAUCGCUCUAUGUGGCUAGCCUCGAUAUCCCGUAUACAGCAAAGUCUCGCGAGGCUGGCCAGCCCUCGAUGCUUCAGAUCACCACCCACUAGCCUGCCCACAGAUUCUUUGUUGUGUAUGUUGGAUAGCUGAUCUCAUAAAUAUAUGUAUAGUGAAUAUCUUA